GCAGUAUACGAUGCGCAAAGACACAGGGCCUCAAAAUGGAAGAAUGGAGUAAAAUAACACAGAACAACACAAGCACGUCAUAGAAAGCAACUUUAUAAAUUAGUUCAUCCUAUGUGCUCUGUGUAGUAUUUAAGGCUCGGAGAGACGUAACCAGUACUGCUGCUGCUGUAAAGCAAGCUGUGAUAAACAGUUAGUGAUGGAGCCAUCAGAGGAGACGGGACCAAACUGGGGUUCUCAAGAUGUCAACCCUUUGUUCAUGCAGCAGCUCAGAGAGCUGGACAUCCCUGAAGAAGCAGCCAAACAGGCCCUACUGCACACUCGGAACGUCUCAGCUGAGGAGGCGGCCAUGUACUACUUCAACAAACUGGAGAAUGAGGAGGAGGGGGACGAGGACGUUAUGUUUAAGAUGGUACUUGUUGUGAACAUGGACCUUGGCAUGGGCGUUGGGAAGAUUGCAGCCCAGGUGGGUCAUGCUGCUGUAGGUUUGUACCAGGCUCUACAGGAGAAAAACAGCUGGCGGGAGAUGGCCUGGAAGUGGGACCACAGUGGGGCUAAGAAGGUGGUGCUCCAAGGCACCAAUGUGGCCCAUCUGCUGGAGCUACAGGCCCUGGCCCUCAGCCUCAACCUGCCCACUUACCUGGUCCAAGAUGCAGGUCUUACCCAGGUGGAGUCCGGCUCCCGUACGGUCUUGGCCAUCAUGGGAGCAGAGGAGAUGGUGAACAAUGUCACUGGCAGCCUGAAGCUGCUUUGAGUUGCCCUGGUGUAGCAAAGGUUUGGAGACAAGUCUCUGCAGUGGCACAAAACAACCAGGAAGGGGCAGUCUUUCUCAGCAGCAGGAGAACUUUAGUCAAUCAAGCAUGAGCUAAAACCUUACAGAACCCAACACUAGAAUUAUUAGUAUUGAUCAUAUGUUAACAUUAAGUUUUUCACGAUUGUGUCUCCGUACAGCUUAUUUUGCCAGGUUUUCUGACUUAUAGACCCAUAACAUCAUGCCCUGUGUUAUGGCUGUGGACAUGCUUUUUAUGGCUAUGUGAUGUGCUGUUUUUAUCCAGCUAUAAAGCUGCUGAUUUGUUGUUUUGUUUUAAAGAAUGUAAAUCCUUCAUGCUACAAUUUUUCUGACUUUACAUUUAAAGCAGCUUAAAAGCCUGGCAUCAAAAAUAACACUGUAAACAUUUUGACUGGGUCUAAACAAUUCUUUGAAGGAUGAUGUGUUUAAGUUAUUUGAAUAUGGUUGUGUAUUUGUGGCCAUAAUGAAGAAUUUCUCACUGAUUACUAUAGAGUCACAUUUUACAGUGAAACUAGACUAUUCAUUAUGCAGUAUUAUCAUUAUGCAUGAGAUACAAAAUGUUACAAUAUGAAUUACACAUUAGUCAGACAUUUGCAGGCUGUUAUUUCAUAGUUUUGCUCUUGUGUCAGACUGGUGAUCAUUAAAAUACUUCUACAUUACAA